GAUCUACAGGAACAUCUGAAAGCUGGAAGCGAAUGGCGGGGGGGAAGAGUUCCACGCACGCGCAGAGAGGUUCAGGAAAGCAUCGAGAGAAGAAGGAAAAUUGAAUCAGCUUCCCGCCUUGGUCGCAAGGCUGCAUCGUGACCUCUCGUGGAUGAUCAAUUCGACGAAGAGAAUGUACACCAAGGCACGGGACGAAGGUAAGCAGAGGAAUGAUUCUCGAAGAAGUUUUUAGUUUCGUUGCAAUUGCGACUGCUUGACUUGCUGGAAGGGAGAGAAAGAUCGUUUGGCGAGGGAUUCCGGAGGGAAAAGAAGCGAGAAUCAGAGGAAAGGCCGGCUUGUGGGAGUUGAGGGGUUUAAAAAAGGGUUCCUAGGGUUUCAAAAGGGACUGAGAUUGAGGGAGUGAGGGAGAAAAAAAAUAAGAAAGCAGAGACGGAUUAUAGGGGUGAGGCCAGAUUGAAAUAGAUUGAGCAAGUAGAAUUCGGUGGCAAAGGAGACUGAGAUUAAGGAGGAGGAGGAGCUUGCAUUGCGAAGGAAAAUCAGGGGAGCCAGAACCGAAGGGCCAGGACGGAGAUCCAUAGCUACAUACAACAGUUAGUUUGAGCUCAAUAUUUGUGUUCAUGGAGGAAUCAGAGAAAAGGAAGGAAAGACUCAAAGAAUUAAGAGUGGAUGCUGCACAGGCUGAAGUUUCUAAAAAUGGUCAAAUUUCUGCUAUACCGGGUUUGCUUCCUAAUCCAUUGAUUGAUACCUCGACAACAAUGCAAGCACAAUCAUCUCCAGCUCCAAGGUUUGAUUUUUACACAGACCCUAUGUCAGCCUUUUCUGCUAACAGAAAAAAGAGCAAGGUUGAAAAUCAGUUUCAGCAAAAUUGUUUCUCAUCUCCUGGGUAUAAUAGUGGGUCUCCCAGUGCACAGAUCCUGUCAUCUAUUUCUGGACCUAGGAGUGAUGAGUUGACUCCCUCUCGUCCUCAACAGAUGCAAAGAGAAGAGGGAAUGUACCAAGGACAAGGGAUUUAUGGUGGUACUCCCCUUAUGGGCCCAAGAGGAGUGUCAAGCUCUUCACCUUUGCCGCACCAAAGGACCUCCCCUGUGCCUUGGAAUGGUUCUGGCAGUUCAACUGGCUAUUAUACUCAUGUACAGCAGAAUUACCCGAGAGGAACAUCCAGUCCUUUUCCUCUGCAUCAGGAAACUCCCGAGUCCUGGAAGAGAGCUGUAGGCAGAGGUAACCGCAAUUUCCCAUCUAAUCUUGUUCACGUUCCACCUUGCAGUCCAGUUUUCCAUCGCGGCCAGGGCAGGGCUCACUGGUUCGGUAGAAGCCAAAGUCCUGGUUCAGGACGCGGAGCUAGUCCUGGUGGUGGUUCAGGACGCGGCAGGAGCUCCUGGUAUGGUGGCAGUGCAAGCCAUGGUUCUGUACGGAGUGGCAGAAGACUGCAAAGUCCUCAUUCUCGUAACUUAUCUGAAGGUGACAUGCUGGGGCCAGAAUGUUUUUACGACAAGUCCAUGGAAGAAGACCCAUGGUUGAAUUUGAAACCUGUUAUAUGGAGGGGUUUAGAUAUUCCAGAAAGCUGUUCAAAUACCCUUGGCUCUUCCAAUUCUUGGCUUCCAAAGUCCAUCAGUACGAAUAAACCCAGAGUUGCAGAAUCUUCCAAGAAGUUCAACUCUCAGCAAAGCCUUGCAGAAUACCUUGCUGCUUCAUUCAAUGAAGCUGUAAAGGAUUUGCCUAACGAGUGACCAAGAAGUUAUUUUGUUAUAGCAGAAUUGCUCUCUGGAUGCAUCAAUGCAAUUCGAGGAGAUCUAGAUGCACACAAACCGGAAAGCUCUCAACCUGAAGCAAGUUUGAAGUACUAUGAUUAGUUUUGCUAGGAUUAAGUUGAUGGAUCUUAUUUUGAAGGGUAUUAUAAUGUUUGUUGAGAUAAUUUUAUUAGAAAAUAUUAUAUUAUUUUUGAAAAUUUCUUACA